AACAAUCAGCUGUAUUCAUUGUGUACCUGCAAUAUAGGUUUGAGUGAAUGGAUCAUUUUAGUUUGUCCAAAAUAUAUAUGCUUACAGUAUAAAAUGAGCUGUAGGUACUGCAAUACAAUGCAAAUUAUACUGGAGAUAUUAUUAACAAGAAUGUUUUAUGAAAAACAGCAAAAUAAACAAGAGAAGUCACCUGCAAAUACAAAUAAGCAAAACAAGAAGGAUGAAGUGAGACUAACCAUUAGCUGACCUCAGAAGUGUGUAAUGCAAUUAUUAAUUUUCACUACAGCUGCGUUUAAAGUGGCACAAAAUACCACAAUAACAUCUGGAAAUAAUAAGCAUCUGUGUAGUAAAUAUUAUAUCAACAGUAGAUAUCAAGGCGUUUGAGUUUCUCUUUCAGUAAUUGCAACUCACCACUGCUACCAUCUGUGCUUAACACCUCCAGUGUUGAUACUGUUACAAACUACAUUUUCAAUGCGUUUAUAUUUUUACAUUUUUAUUUGAAAGUUAUCAUUUGAAUUUAUAGGGAUUGUGAUGCUACAAUAUCCCUAUAGCCGGUAGUUUAGAAGUAGAAACCAUUUGGUUUCGACUAAUAGAAAGUUUUUCUCUUCCUCAGAAUCCACCGUCCUGACAGUAUCGCCUCUAACUGAGUCCAAUUUUGGGAGACAGGGCGAUCUCUGAUAUGGCUCAAGUGCCAUCUGUGCCCAAUUUACUUUCACGUCGCGGAUUAUUGAAUUUAAUGAUAUGGGUGAUUAUCGACGAAUGCUUUGAGCCCAUUAGGAGGUCGUGUGAAACACUAAUAGUGUUUGUGUCACGUGUCUAGUUGAGGGACUGGGGGACAGACGCUUUAAAGACCGCGCUCCGGUCAUCUCAUUCACGCUGCAAGACUGACAGACAGAAGCAGAGGAGCGAAGUCCACACUCCGAGGGAUCAUCAGCACUAAUCCGGUUUGAUGAAGCUUGAAGACAAGAAGUGGGCUAAACUAUGAAAAGUUCAUUUCCACGCGCGUAAUUACGCACAUCAUCGCUUUUCCAUCUUUAAUGUUUUUUUUAGUAUAAAGGAUGCUGGACCCCAAGGACUGUGGAGUGACAAUGACGUCUAGUCACAAGAUUUCCUUUUCUAUAAUCGACAUUUUGGAUCCGAACAAAUUCAACAGCAAAAGGGUAAACGAACUUUCCAUCGCCGAGGAGAAGUUUCUUGUGCCAAAUGCAGAGGGAACAAGUUUGCAGUCGGACACCACUGCAGGCGGAGACUUCAGAGUUGAGCGCACGGAAGCAGGAGAGGACGCAGGAGAUGAAAACUCCACAGGCGCCAAACAUCACGCAGUCGUCGCUGACCCCCUCCUGCUCUCCCCAGCGGCUGAACCAGAGCGGUGUCUCACCGGGGAUCAGGACGACACAGCAGAGGAGUCAGCGGUCACCCUGCAGGACCCGUCACCGCACAAGCGGCGGCGCCCGGACCAGGCCUGCGCCAAGCCACGACGCGCCAGAACAGCGUUCACCUACGAGCAACUGGUUGCUCUGGAGAACAAGUUCCGCGCAACUCGGUACUUGUCUGUGUGCGAGAGACUGAACCUGGCCCUGUCCUUGAGUCUGACCGAAACCCAGGUGAAAAUUUGGUUCCAGAAUAGGAGGACCAAGUGGAAAAAGCAGAACCCCGGGGCGGACAGCACCUUGCAGCCCGGCUCCAACUCCCUGGUCAACGUCAGUCCCAAUCCGGCCACAUGUGGGUCGAACCCCGCCAGCUUCCACCAAACUUUCCCCAACUUCAGCUCUGGGAAUGUGAUCUUCCACACGGCCGGUGCUGUUCCGCUUUCAUCCACUGGAGGGCUCCUGCAUCCCUUCAUGUCCAGUGGAUUCGUCCAGCCGACUUAUUUUAAUCCACACCUAUAAAAGAAGCCAGGACUGAAAUGUUGCAGCUGGUGAAACAUUUAAGGCGAAUCUUUGCAGGGAAGAAAUAACUAUCCUCAGCUGAACUUUUACUGGCCAGAGAGCUUGUAACUGUUGCAUUGAUAAGGUAUCAUGUUCUACAAACUGAGCAGAGAAAGGCAUCUGUUUGUACAAGUUAUCUCUUUCAUGUCCCAUCACCACUUUGCCAAACUGGCUUCUUUGAAAGGAGGAAGGUCUUUAAUCUUUCACCAUGGGCCUUUACCAAGACUUGAACAUCAUAACAAAAGGCCAACUUAGUGAUCUGUGAUCAAGCCCAACAAUUAUUUCAAAAAGUACUCAUAACUUUGUCAGAAUAAUUCACCACUAUGCACUGAUUGUCUGUCGUUGUGUUUGCUGCAACACCUGCUCUCACAAUGUGUAUUUGACAGCUCAUACGUAUCAUUUUCUGCAUCAGUGUGCUCCCUUACAUCUCUGUAACACAAACUGUGGCAUAUUGCAACCAUCCAAUACCCAGCUGUGUUCUUACCUCUCAAAAGGCUUGCACAGCUCACGUCUGUUGCCAUUUGUACAACAUUAUCAGUGUAAGUUAAUUAAAAAAACAUAAAACAUC